CGUUUGCCGCACUGUGGCCAGAGCUAAGGGCACCGGACGGACUGCCCCAGGCAGCGGUGCCUCGCGCACCGCGCGCUGCCGCAGAGUCGCGUGCCUCGAUGCGAGAGAUGGGCGGCAGAGGAUGCGAGCUGUGCAGACGUGGUCAGCCGCAUCCGCGCGGCAGCGAAGCACGCGCCAACUUGACUCACAGCUUGUAUCCGCGCGCCACCAGCUCCACCUCCUGCACCGCGCUGAUGGCCGCAUUGACUUGUCGAUCAAGCGAUUGAGCCCUGCCGACGAGUUCCAUCACCUGAUCCUUCUCCUCCUCUUCUUGUUCCGCUGCAGCUCUGCGCGCCGCGAUACUCUCUUGCGUAGCGCGAAAGACGACGUCAUACACGACGCGCGCGUCCUCUUCGCUGCCAAAGAAGAGAAUGGAGGCCCAUGUGGCGCAUGCGAUGGCCAGUGAGAUGCGCGCCCAGAGCUUGAGGGAACGCAGCAGCGGCAGGAGGACGAGAACAGCAAGCAGCGCUGCAUUGCGCAGCAUCACGCCGCGCGCAGAGAGCUGUGGCAGCGCGCUGGUGCGAGGCGGGACUCGUUGAGCUCGCUGCAGCCGAACCGUGCGCGGCGCAGUCGCGCGGCGCUGGCCUGUUAAAG